AUGCUCCUUUAUUGCUUGGCUUUCUUCUUGGGGGGUUGCCAACUCGUGAGUCGUGACCGGUUCAUGUCCGCUCCACCAUCUCCCUUCUGCAGUGGCCAAUUGUUAGUGUCUUCAAGGGCUAUUGUGGUGUCAGACAAGAAGGUUUUCAAGCUUCUCCCGCAGGUCAUUAUCUACAAUAUAUGGCUAGAGCGCAAUGCUCAUAUCUUCCGUGGCACAUCACUGUCUCCUUCAGAUUUCUUCCGUGUCAUUGACCGAGCUAUGAGUGACAUGCUCUUUUCUUUCUUACCCUCAGUGUGCUUCUUCUUCAUCUAUGUUUGA